AGAAAUAAAUAUAAAGGCAUAGUUCAUAUUACCUUGAAUCACAAUAUUGUUUCUUAUUUUCAUAAUGAUAUGGAUUGUAUUUUUUAUAAAAAUCUUCAAGUUUUUUCUAUGAGAUAUCAACAUGAAGAAUGUCACUGAAGUCACCAUAUUUGUACUGAAGGGCUUCACAGACAGUGUUGAACUGCAGAUCAUCUUCUUCUUCCUGUUUCUAGCUAUUUACCUCUUUACUCUCAUGGGAAACUUAGGACUGGUUGCAUUGGUUAUUGGGGAUUCCAGGCUUCAUAACCGCAUGUAUUAUUUUCGGAGUGUGCUCUCUUCUGUGGAUGCCUGUUUUCCUUCAAUUAUUACCCCAAAUAUGUUAACAGAUUUUAUGUCAAAGAAUAAUAUCAUUUCAUUCCCUGGAUGUGCAGCACAGAUGUUUUUCGCUGUCACUUUUGGAACCACGGAAUGCUUUCUCUUGGCUGCAAUGGCUUAUGAUUGCUAUGUAGCCAUCUACAACCCACUUCUGUAUUCAGUGAGCAUGUCACCCAGAGUCUACGUGCCACUCAUCAUUGCUUCUUAUGUCGGUGGCAUCUUAAAUGCUACUGUACACACAGUGGCCACAUUCAGCCUAUCCUUCUGUGGAUCCAAUGAAAUCAGACAUUUCUUUUGUGAUAUCCCUCCUCUCCUCACUAUUUCUUGUUCUGACACACACACAAACCAGCUGCUACUCUUCCUCCUUGUGGGCUCCAUUGAGAUAUCCACUAUACUAUUAGUCCUUGUCUCCUAUGCUUUCAUUCUGUUGGCCAUUCUGAAGAUGCAGUCUGCUGAAGGGAGGCAAAAAGUGUUCUCUACAUGUGGCUCUCACCUAACUGGAGUAACAAUUUAUCAUGGGAUAAUCCUCUUUGUGUAUGUGAGGCCAAGUUCCAGCUACACUUUGAAGCAUGACAUGAUACUUUCAAUAUUUUACACCACUGUGAUUCCCAUGCUGAAUCUCAUCAUCUACAGUUUGAGAAACAAAGAUGUAAAAGAGGCAAUCAAAAGAGUAUUUGAGAAAAUUUGGUGUAUGGGUACAGUUUGUUUUGCACAUUAA